CCUCAGCUCUGCAGAGGGACUCAAAGAUGACCCAAAUAUUGGUGGAAAUUUGCAAUGUACAUUCAACAAGUUCCGUUUGUGUGGCAAUGGAAUAAAGAUUAUGGACUUGUGGCAAUUAUUUGCUGUGCUUCUGCUUCUCGCCAUAGUUGUUUUCUCUGUGGCCUCUGUUGUGAUCUAUGUGACAAGCAUUCCAAUGGCAAAGGUGCAGCAUUAUGAGAGUGAAAAAUAUUUUCUGGAUCCUAAAAAAGAUGACAGUAAGGUGCUCUUUCCUAGCAUACACGAUCCUGCCAGUGUUGACCUUUCAGUUAUAGUGCCUGCUUACAAUGAAGAGGAAAGGUUACCAGUUAUGCUAGAUGAGACCCUUGAAUUUUUAGGCAAAAGGCAGCAAACCAAACCUUCAUUUAAAUAUGAAAUCAUAGUGGUGGAUGAUGGAAGUUCUGAUAAAACAACAGAGGUUGCCAUGGGAUAUUGUGCAAGAAAUGGAACUGAAAAACUAAGAGUUUUAACUCUGGCCAAAAACCGAGGUAAAGGAGGUGCAAUACGUUUGGGUAUGCUCAGAGCAAGAGGCAAACACCUUUUGUUUGCAGAUGCUGAUGCAGCAACCAAAUUUAGCGAUUUAGAAAAAUUAGAAAAUUCUAUCAAUUCUUUAACCAAAGAUGGGAGUGAAAUGGCCGUGGUAUGUGGAUCAAGAGCUCAUCUUCAGGAUGAAGCUGUAGCUACAAGAUCAUUUUUCCGCACCAUUUUGAUGUAUGGUUUCCACAUUUUGGUGUGGUUUCUGGUCAAGGGGAUCAAAGAUACUCAAUGUGGGUUCAAACUCCUAACAAGACAAGCAGCUGUGAUAAUUUUCACUAAUUUACAUGUAGAAAGAUGGGCAUUUGAUGUAGAUAUGUUGUACAUAGCUAACUCAUUGAAUAUGAAGAUAUCUGAAGUUGCAGUGAACUGGCAUGAAGUAGAAGGUUCAAAAAUCAUUCCGUUCUGGAGCUGGUUACAGAUGGCCAAGGAUUUACUUCUGAUCUGGAUGAGGUACACCAUGGGGGCCUGGCAGAUUGAUGCCAAAGUCAAGGCUGAAUGAAAUGGAGGCCAGCCAAGAUGAGCCAUCUUAGACCAGCUUUAAAGUUUUAUGAAUGCAGCAGAAAAGAAUGUUGCUGAGAUAAGUAAUCUCUAUUGAGGAAAGCUGUAGGAUAUGAUGCAUGAGGGACUGUUUGAGAACUUUUACAUUCUUUUUUAUACUUCUUGUCUGAGGAACUUUAAAAAUGAACAAGGAGACAUUACUCAGUAAUACUUUAGUUAUAUUCUAGGUAUGUGGAAUAUGGUCCUACAAUUAUACUUUUAUUAUUAUUUUUUUUUUUUAGUAUUAGUUUUGUAUGGUUAAAACAAACAUUUCUGUGUCAAAAAUCUUUAAGAACGACCCACUUCUGUGCUUCCUAUACACUUGUAUUUGUGAAUUACAAGUCUGAACUUAAUGGAUCACACUUUGAAGUUGGAUGAGAGUCACCAUCACUGUCAAUCUCAUAUGGUCAAAUUUAAUGGUUGAAGUAUGGAAAUUGAAAAUUGUCUCUUAAAGUUUUAAUGUAUGCAACAUUUUACUUACAGAAUACUUCUGUACUUAGACAAACUUUCAAGACUGAAUUGUUGCCCAUUUUGUAUGGUAUAUAUGUGGGAUAAAUAGAAAAGUAAUUUAAAGGUGGUAUGGUUAAAAACCCAAAAUGAAGGUAAAUAGGUAGAUAUUCUGAAAGUUUUAGUUGAAUGAUCUUUGGUAACAUGUUCAUUUAUCAUGCUGUCAAAUUUUUAAGAAAAUGCUCAACAAUGAAAAUCUUUUUCUGCCAUGAAACAUGUAAUUUAAUAUUUUUUUCCUUAGUGAGGUUAGUUUCACUUGUUAGGUAUUUUGGAAACCAAAAAAUGCAAAGGUCAAAAUGUUUAUAGUGACUUACUGGUUUGUAAAGUUUUCAUUUAUAAAGAUGGAAGCAUCUGAGUUGCUGCUACCAGACAAGAUUUGAUCAUACUAUAAAAUUUGAGAUUGGAGCAAGAUAUCAUGUAACAAUUAUGUAACAUUUUGGUUAAAAAAAAAAC